CACAUCCCGCGGGCACGGAACUUGAAACGCUUUUUGUCAAGUGCAAAGAGUCAGAUGUUUCACAAAGUUAAUCAUCAGCAAAAUACAAAUCAAUAAAGAAUGUAUUUGCUUUAGAGAACUCUGUCUUCCAGCUCCUAUCAGGGAGAAGGAAAACCAUGGACAGACCAAUGACUGCUGGCCAGCUUAAAGAAAAAUUGCAGUUCCAGGACAGCGAGGGCAGUGCAGUCCCUGCCAGGACUGUGUGCCAUAAUUGUUCCAAGCUGAAGAUAUUUCUUGGAGCUCUAGCUUUUUCCUUUUUUGCCAAAGGAUUUUCUGGAAGCUACAUGAAGAGCAUGUCCAGUCAAAUUGAAAGGAGGUUUGAAAUCUCAUCGUCGAUUGUUGGCAUUAUUGAUGGCAGCUUUGAGAUAGGUAACUUAAUGGUGAUGGUGUUGGUAAGCUACCUUGGACCCAGAGUUCACCGGCCAAAAAUCAUUGCUGCUGGGUGUCUCAUCAUGUCUGUGGGAGCUUUUUUGUCAGUGAUGCCUCAGUUCCUGAUGGGACGCUACAAUUAUGAAAGGAUAACUGUCGGUGUGGACAACUCCACGAGCGUGUCAGCGUGCUCCCCAGCGUGGGCUGAGGGCCCUGCAGCCACAGAUGCUACAGGAACCCCCAGCACGGGGAUAAAUGCUGGAUGUGAGAAAACAACAAAUUCCUAUCUGUGGCUCUUUGUGUUGCUGGGGAACCUUCUACGUGGAAUUGGGGAGGCACCAAUUAUGCCCCUGGGAGUUUCAUACAUUGAUGAUUUUUCUAAAGAAGAAAACUCAGCAUUUUACAUAGGCCUGGUGAGAUCCUCGGGCAUGUUUGGGCCCACGCUGGGCUUCCUGCUGGGCUCGUUCUGCGCCAGCCUCUGGGUGGACGUGGGCGCCGUGGACGUGGAUGCCAUCAGCAUAAAUCCUAAGGAUUCCCGUUGGGUUGGUGCCUGGUGGCUUGGAUUGCUUAUCUGUGGAGCAGUCAACUUCAUUGCUUCAUUGCCUUUCUGGUUUUUGCCUUAUUCCUUACCAAAAGAAGGAGAGAAUGAAAACUUGAAGAUGAGUCGUUUGUCUGUUCAAGGAGAUCACUGUAAAAUAGACCCCCCAGCUCAGCCAGAGUUGAAGUUCUCAGAGGCAGUAAAAGAUUUCUUGCCAGCAGUCAGGAAGCUGUUUGGAAAUCCAAUUUUUGUGGUGUUCAUCUUCCUCACUAUUCUGCAGUACAAUUCCCUUGUUGGAAUAAUAACCUAUGAGCCAAAGUUUAUGGAGCAGCAAUUUAAUAUAUCAGUGGCAAAAGCCAUCUUUCUAAUUGGUGUGGUGCUUCUACCUGUCACAAUCCUGGGGAUGUUUCUGGGAGGUUUCCUGAUCAAGAAAUUCAAGUUUCACAUAAGUGAGAUGGCCAAGUUUGCAUGCAUCACCUUCCUGGUGGCGUACCUGCUGAACCUCCUGUACUUCACCUGCGGCUGCGAGGUGCUGCAGGUGGCCGGGCUGACCGCGCCCUACGCUGGAAUAAAGGAUGUUUCCUCCAGCAAGCACGUCUAUGUGGCCAGCUGCAAUGCUGGGUGCAGCUGCAAGGUGGACCAGUGGGACCCUGUCUGUGGGGAUAAUGGGAUCACAUACAUGACAGCCUGCUUUGCAGGGUGCAAAUCAUCAUCUGGGACAGGAAGGAAUAUGGUGUUUCACAAUUGCAGCUGUGUGGAAGGACAAGGGCUCGGGCUUGGCAAUUCCUCUGCAGUUUUGGGACAAUGCCAAAGAGAAAGCUGUACCAAAGCCUUUCCCUAUUUUUUAGCAUUACAGACUGCAUGUGCAUUUUUUUUAGCCUUAGGAGGCACUCCUACAUACAUGAUUAUGUUUAGAUCUGUUUCUCCAGACCUGAAAUCCUUUGCUGUUGGGAUAGAAACUCUGGGUGGUAGAGUACUAGGAGGACUCCCAGCCCCUAUUUAUUUUGGUGCCUUGAUAGACAAGACCUGCUUGAAAUGGGGGACAAAAAGCUGUGGGGGAUCUGGAUCCUGCCGAGUAUAUGACACAAAGGAGUUCAGGAAUGUCUAUCUUGGCCUCAUUGCAGGACUAAGGGCAGGAUGCUGUCUCUUGUACUUAGUGCUCUCUGUGUUAAUUAUGAAACGCUUCAAACCAGAUGGCAAAGAGAUGACAGAUAUCAAAAAUGCAGAGAGAUCAGCCAGCAAAGAACUAGAUACAGCCAACAAAAGAGAAAUUCCUCCUGGUUCAAGAACCUCAGAGGAGAGUGAAGAAACUUAUAUGUAAAAAAGAAACAAAGCCUUUUGUAACUUUGCCUAUGCUUCAGUUUUUCUGAGCACAAAAGGAGUCUAAUUACUGACUGUAACAGCUAGUUUACAUUUUGGGAGUUCAAAAAGUAUCUUUGAACACUGGCUUUUUAUUUGCUUUACCCUACCUUCUUCCUUUUCUCAUCUGAAACAGCAAUAAGGGGAAAAGGUGUUCAAAAUUUUGGGGAACUCUCCCAUCCUCUUGCUCUCAGUCCCUUUCUAGACCAACAGUAGGACAAGCCAAAAUUUUGCAAGUGUCAUAAAUGUGAUUAUGAUUGAAAAAUUAAGAAAUCCUCAGCAAGCUGCUUUGUCAUUUUCCACUGAGGUUAUUUCAAGUCCUCUUGCUCUGUAUUUAGUCCUACAGCUCUCCAUGGCCAAUGAAGUUUCGCUUGGGCUACUCUGAUGUGAAAGGUAGUGGGGUUUUCUAUGAGCUUUGCCUUGCUCCCAUGUACCAUGGCUAGGUGGGACCCCCAGGGCUGUCAGGGAGCACCUUCUGAAUUCAAACUCCACUACAGCUCUGGGGUUUGGCUUGAAAGUGUUAAAUAAAGUGGAAAGCAAAUGAAGAAGGAAGUGUAUUAAUUUUGCAGCAUGUCUCAGAAAUGGGUUUGAGAAAGAUUACUCUGAGCUGAUGCAAUAAAGUGAUAGGUGCUUAAGUUUCUUUGA